AAAAUAAUCUAAAAUUCACCAAAGAUCCAACACAGUAACAGUACCCAAUAGUGUCCAAUACUUGAAUAAAGUGCAGAAAUGAAUGAAUGAUUUUUACUAAACUUGAAAACCCUUCAAACGCAAGAGAAAGAAAAAGAAGAGAAAAAGAAAGAAAGACAUUUUCUGGGUCUCAAGUCAUCAUCACACCUGGACUAGAUCCACCAUUAAAACUCUGACAACUUAACCUCUCCUUUUAUUUAUUCUUUUGGUCCUCUCCUCUAAUUUGUAGUUCUUCUUCCAAAAAUCAUUUUUUCAUAUACUGAAAUUUAACUGUAUAAAGAUGUUCAAAGAUUCAAACUUGCUGAAAUUUGAAGUGAAUUUGAAUUGGUGAUGAAAAGUGAAGAUUUGAAGAAUUCAUGUCUGCAAAUUCUGCUUCACCCAGUGCUCGGCUGAUGUCUGAACACUGUGGUGGUGACCUGCUCUUGCAUCUGCAUCUGCAUAGGUUGUAUUUUAUUAACAACAACAUUAUCUUGGGGAUAAUAUGGAAGAGAAAUUGAGGAUGAGGAACAAAUACAAGAAACCAACCACUUUGCGUUGCAGUGCAGGGAACAGAUGUUCAUUACCUGUUGCUGUGGGUAGUGUCAUUGUGUGUCUACUUUUGCUACAGCUUUACACUCUUCUCCAACAAGAGGAUGCUUUUAAAUUGGAUUCAGAAAUACACAUUAGUAAACGUUUUCGUGAACUUGAAGAGGUUGAUGAGGAGAACAUCCAUAUGCCUCCACCAAGGAAACGUUCUCCAAGAGCUAUUAAACGGAAGCCCAAAAGGCCAAAUACUAUUAUUGAGGAGUUCCUUGACGAGUCUUCUCAAAUCCGGCAUGUUUUCUUUCCUGACAUAAAAUCUGCUAUUGAUCCAAACAGAGGAAAUGACAGCUUCUACUACCAUCCUGGAAGAAUAUGGUUGGACACCGAAGGAAAUCCUAUCCAAGCUCAUGGUGGUGGCAUUUUAUAUGAUGAGAAAUCGAAGACUUACUAUUGGUAUGGAGAAUAUAAAGACGGCCCAACCUAUCAUGCUCACAAGAAUGCAGCAGCGCGAGUUGAUAUCAUUGGAGUUGGUUGCUACUCAUCCAAGGACUUGUGGACAUGGAAGAAUGAGGGGAUUGUACUUGCAGCGGAAGAAAAUGAUGAGACUCAUGACCUUCACAAAUCCAAUGUGCUCGAGAGACCGAAAGUUCUUUACAAUGAGAAAACAGGAAAGUAUGUUAUGUGGAUGCAUAUAGAUGAUGCCAAUUACACAAAAGCCAGUGUAGGUGUGGCUGUCAGUGACUACCCUAAUGGACCAUUUGAGUACCUCUAUAGCAAAAAUCCUCAUGGCUUUGACAGCAGAGAUAUGACGGUCUUCAGGGACGAUGAUGGUGUUGCAUAUCUCUUCUAUUCUUCAGUUGAUAACAGUGAACUCCAUGUCAGUCCUCUCACUAAGGAUUAUCUUGAUAUUGCAAAUGCCGUAAGGCCCAUUCUCAUUGGCCAUCGCCGAGAAGCCCCGGCUAUAUUUAAGCACCAAGGGACAUACUACAUGAUCACUUCAGGCUGUUCGGGCUGGGCUCCUAAUGAAGCAAUGGCCCAUGCAUCUGCGUCCAUUACAGGCCCAUGGGAGACUAUGGGAAACCCAUGUCUAGGAGGAAAUAAAAUAUUCAGGGACACAACAUUUUUUUCUCAGAGCACAUUUGUUCUACCCCUGAAGGGGCUUCCAGAUUACUUCUUAUUUAUGGCUGAUCGAUGGAACCCGGCAGAUUUGAGGGACUCUAGAUAUGUAUGGCUGCCUCUGAAGGUUGCAGGUCCAGUGGACCAGCCACUCGAUUACAACUUCGGGUUCCCAUUAUGGCCCCGAGUGUCUAUCUUCUGGCACAAAAAAUGGAGACUUCCUAUCAGGUGGAGUGAUUAGAGUAUGUUACUUGUAUCAUAUUGUACUACUACAUGAGAUGGUUAAGUUGGUCUAUUCUUUGGUUUGAUCUCUAUUUUUGUUCCUCUGUAACAGUAUUAUUUCUUCAUAGAGUUUACACGAUUUUAGUUUGAACAGGGUAGUAUUAUUUCUUCAUAGAGUUUACACGAUUUUAGUUUUAACAGUGUAGUAAUAAAUCAGUGUACAGGAAUAAAUGACAUGAUGUUGGAGGUUUUCUGAUAUUGAGGCUGCUUUUGUGGUA